UGCUGUUUUUGUUGGCUUUCCAAGAUAUCAUCACUAUAAUUUGUUGGUUUCAGUAUUUCCAAUUUGAACGCCUAAAUUCAGAGAAAUGGGAAUCGUAUUUGAGCCUAAGGAGGUGGAGGAACAUAGGGUCGGAUCGCUGGAAAAUUUCAUAGAAAAAGCUGGUGGAUGUGCCGUCAUUGAUGGCGGUUUCGCAACACAACUUGAGCUUCAUGGCGCCUCCAUUAACGACCCGUUAUGGAGCGCACUUUGCUUGAUCGAUAACCCUCAUCUCCUCUCCAAGGUUCACUUGGAAUACCUGGAGGCUGGUGCUGAUAUAAUCGUAACUUCUUCAUAUCAGGCUACUCUUCCUGGAUUCAUUUCAAGGGGACUGUCCCUUGAACAAGGGGAAAAGCUACUAGAAAAGAGUGUAAAGUUGGCUACCGAAGCUCGUGAUGAUUUCUGGGAAUCUGUUAAAAAGAUUCCUGAUCAUACAUAUAACCGAGCUCUAGUUGCAGCCUCCAUUGGAAGCUAUGGUGCAUAUCUUGCUGAUGGGUCAGAAUAUAGUGGGUAUUAUGGGCCAGAUGUGGAUUUGAAUAAGGUCAAAGACUUUCAUCGGCGUAGACUGCAAGUUCUUGUUGAAGCUGGUCCUGAUCUGCUUGCUUUUGAGACCAUUCCCAAUAAGCUAGAAGCUCAAGCGGUGGCAGAAUUACUUGAAGAAGAAAAUGUCGAAAUCCCAUCUUGGGUUUGUUUCAGUUCUGUAGAUGGUGUAAAUGCUCCUUCAGGGGAGAGCUUUAAAGAGUGCCUUGAAGUGCUUAACACGAGCAAAAGAAUUGCAGCCGUGGGGAUAAAUUGUGCACCACCGCAGUUUGUUCAUGAUCUCAUCAAGAAAUUCAAGGAGUUAACUGGGAAGGUGAUUGUUGUCUACCCGAAUAGCGGUGAGAUAUGGGAUGGUGUUGCCAAGAGAUGGCUGCCAUCCAAGUGUUUUAAUGAUGAUAAGUUCAAGGUUUUCGCAACAAGAUGGCGUGAUUCUGGAGCCAAACUCAUCGGUGGUUGUUGUCGAACCACACCUUCAACCACCCGUGCCCUUUCCAAGGUUCUGAAACAGAGUUCUUUGGCUACUAAUUGAACUUAACAAAUGGUGUAGUUGCUUAGUUAUUUAUUGAAUUCGAAUACCAAUCAAAGAAAUGGAAGAAAGGUAUAGAUCAUGUUCAAAGGAAAUGAAAGGAAUGACAAAAGGUAAACUCAAAUGUUCUAAAGAAAUAUGAUGUUCCAAUUUAAGGGUCCGUGCCGUCGCAAAAGGCAACAUCCGAACAUGCAUGUUACUGUUAAACUUAAACUUGGACUAGAAUGAAAAGAAAUGUCAAAGUACCUUUUGAAUUGAAAAUAUUGUAAGUUGUUUAUUGUCCAGGGGGUUAAAUGUAAUCAUACUAAACCUCAAGGACAUAUUUUGCCAAAAAUGAAAAGUUUUGAAUUGGAGAAACCCAUCUAA